AGUGUUCAGAUAUUAUGUGUGGGGGGCUAAAUCUGAGGUACAGACAUACUGGUGUGAGUGAAGAGUAUCGCGUCAGUAAGGCAAGGACACGCAGGUAGCGAAGCAAUGGUGCGGUAUUCCCUUCUGUUGGCAGUGCUUGCCUUGGUUUUGCACACUGACGCAAUACCUCCUCGGAACCUGAGGACGAGACUGUGGAGCAGACCAAGCGCAAGUAAUAAGAUCAUUGGUGGUCAUGAGGCGGCAGAAGGCCAACUACCUUAUCAGGUGAGCUUUCAGGAGAAAGUGUUAGGGAGGUGGUUUCACUUUUGUGGUGGCGUGAUCAUCUCGCCCAGUUUUGUGUUGACUGCGGCGCACUGUGUGGAGGGCGGGGACUUCACUUCUCCCACCGGUCUUAGGGUAGUUGCAGGAGAGCUGGACCUCCACUCUCUAGAGGUAUCGGAGCAGGUGGCAGAAAUCAACUUCAUCAUUGAGCAUCCCUUCUACGAUCGGAUAACCUUUGAGAACGACAUAGCCUUGCUGCGGCUGGAGACCCCUCUGCUGUACACGGAGUCUGUGGGCCAGAUCAGUCUCCCUCAGCCACUGCAAAAUUUCACUGGAGAGGUGUGUCGCGUGUCAGGAUGGGGCACCACCUCGGAGGGUGGGGGACUCUCGGCCAAGCUGCUGUAUACGGAUCUGCCGGUGCUGAGUGAUCAAGAGUGUAGCAUGUCUUACGUGGACGACGAGCUCUUCCCUUCUAUGCUCUGUGCCGGAGGCACCGCGGCUGCAGGGGUGGGAUCCUGUCAAGGAGACUCGGGAGGCCCGCUGGUGUGUGGGUCACUCUUGGCGGGGCUGGUGUCCUGGGGUUACGGCUGUGCCCGCCCUCAGUAUCCAGGAGUCUACACUGAAGUGUCUUAUUUCCUGGACUGGAUCACCGCACACACCAGGCGUUAGAGCUUCGCCUUUAAGACAAGUUGUAUAAAGUUAAACUUUAAUCUGAAAAUGAUGCUCUAACUUGUACUCAUUCAAGUUCUGGAGGUGUAAUAUCUCUUACUUUUGUUUGAAACUUGUGUAAUACUUUUCAAUUGUAUCUCUAAUAAAGUAAACGGUCAA